AUGCCAACAAAAUGGACUAAUGUUCGAUUUGUUUUAAUCAGUGUUGUAGUCGAGUCCAUCACGAUUCGUCGCAAGACCGCUUGGAAUUCGGAAGAUGCAUUUGGACUCAGAGGCAGCGAGGCCUACUUACAGAGGAGACUCCGGCAUCGAGUUUCUUGCCUGGCAUUUCUUCAAGGCGAGCAAUUAAACGGUGUCAUUUGGUACAAAGGGUCCGGCAUAAACGACCCAUCAAAGGUUCGUCUGAUCAGCCGAGACCUGCGAGAUGGAAUCAUUAUAGACACACCUGCCGACGACAGAUACUCCAUGUCGUCCGAUCACGGCCUUGUCAUUGAAGGAGUCAAGGACAGGGACGAGGGGAGUUACCUAUGCCAAGUACUUCCUCUUCUUACCUAUUAUAGAGUUGAAGAGAUUCUGCUUCGAGUUAUCGGAGACACGUUUCCAGCUGGCACAAUUGAAGCAUCGUCCAGUGCUAGUUUCCAGCGAGGCCGCAGACAGACGCUACCGUGUGAGUGCGCGUCACAGACACCAGACGUAGUGUAUUGGUCAACGGGUGAGGGCGUCACUACAGAUACACAGAUCAUUGUUGCACGUUUCUCUGAUGGUGCUACCCUGCAGAUCCAACAUGGCGCCGAUUACAGCAUCGGUAGCGACGCUUCACUUACAGUCAACUCCUUGCAUGACGUACAAGAUACGCAAAAAUUGUGGUGUCACGUGUUUCAGUCAGAUGGUACUCUCAGAAAUUGUGACAUCGAUGCCCAGAUAUCAGAUGAUGUGGAAUCAGCUAGUGAUGCACUGAAGGCCUCAGAAAGAUCUUUCUACCUCCAAAGCAACACACAGCAGAUGCUCCCUUGCCUGAGCUGGACACCUGGCGACACAGCUUGUGAGGUGGAGUGGAGUAAGCUCGACAACCCAGAUCGACAAAUCCUCAGUUACAACCUGUCGACUGCUGUCGUCGAUUCUAGUCCUGAAUUCGAUCUCGCAAGUGACUUUGGUUUGAUGAUUCAGUCAGUUGAUGAUGACCAUGCUGGAGCGUAUCGAUGUGCUGUGGGAGAUGAAAUCCAGAUAGAUGUUAAAGUCCGAGUGAUUGGGGAUCGCAUUCCAUUGGACGGUGGCAUUGCUACAGAAGGUGACAGCGUGACCAUUAAACCUGAAACUGGAUUUUCUCUUCAAUGUCCGGCUCUGUCAGACAUCUCCUUGACAACGAAGGCAACUUUGUUCUGGUCCUUUGGCGCCAAUGAUGCAGAGUCUACCACUGUGAUCGGCACACUGAAUCUACCAGAUGGUACAAUAAAGAUGUCUGAUCUGGGAAAGGACUGCCUCGGCAUAUCAAUGGGGGGCGCUCUGCUCCUUAACAACUGUUCCCAAAAUGAUGACGUCAGAUACUGGUGUCAUGUCUUCCCUGUGAAUGGCGAUCUGAUCAGAUCACAUGUGGAUGUGUUGUUAAAAGAUUCAAACGGUGAUCCUGAGACAAUCAAUGUCGUCGCUAUCGCCGUUUCCGUGUUUUCAAUCGUCGUUGUUCUUUUUGGGAUUGUUCUUUUCCUGAUCUGGAAGCGGCGUCUACGGUCUUCCCAUUCUAGAGAAGACAAGGAGAGAGGUGAUUACAAACGACUGCAUAAGCAAGAAUCCGUCCCGAAGUUGGAUUUGAAGACGCUUGCCAAGAAGAUCAAAUGGUUUGUAAUCAGCAAAAUGGGCAGAAUUCCUAUCACACCGUGGGUUGACGGGGACGAUGCUCGCUCUGCACCAAUAGAUAUAGUCUACAAAGCCUUGGAGAUGUUCGUCAAUGUCUCCCACGGAGGUAACACUGUAAAGUAUCGAUUAGACUCAGAGUCUGGUAUCUUUGAUGACGGUAUUCCAGAAUUGGCCAGUAAGCAUGCUAUAAUACAAGGUAGACGGGGUUGUGGUAAGACUACGUUUUUGUACAGAUUGAUAUACAACUGGGCCAUGGGAAGGGAACUUGCACUAUGGGGUAGUGAUCAGAUAGUUGUUCUUGUCCCAGCUUGGUUGCUUAUUAAAGCUGAAACCAUCGGUGAAGCAGUCGUUGAAUGCAUGCUUCCAAAAGACGCAAACAUUUCGGCGGAAUCCAUUAAUACACACUACGCACGAGACAAAAGCAACCUGACAAUUUUGGUAGAUGACUGUAAUGACCAGCACGAUAUUGACGCUGUCAUGAAGGUUAUGACAGAUAAUGAAGUUCUUGGCUGUCAGUUAGUUUUGACCACUAGAUAUGCAGAGCUGGCAAAAAUUGCGUCACGAAAACACAACAUGCGCCAUGUCACCAAUACCGGUUUUACGCUCAGAAAUGCCAUUGAAUACAUCAAUGUAGUUUUGGAUGCUGCUCAAGGGAGAGCGGAAUCUACACCUGAGCACAAAGUGGUCAAAAGUGAAGCUGAAACGAAUUCAGGUUCGACUUUGGACACGAACAUCGAACAACAUCUGGUGGACACCGAACAGGCAACUCUUAAGGAAGCUAAGGAUAACACUGCCACUGACGAAAAUCUGGAGAAGACAGAAGAAUCCAAAACAACUAAACGAAAGAAACUACGAAAUCUUCAUCGAUAUCUGGAAGAGGACAUUCUUCAACCAGAUAUUUCAUAUCUCCCAGCUGUCUUGGCGGCUCUCUGUCAGAUGUCAAUCUGGUCAAAAGGAGAUGCCUUCAAACCUGACGUUUCCAUGGCAAAUUUGUUCUUCAGAUUGGUCAAGUGCAUGUUCGACAGGAUGAAAGGUCUGGAAGUAGAUAUCACUGAGGGAAAACAACUCGGUCUGCUCACGGAAGACCAACUGAACGUACUGGCAGAGCUUGGUAGAGUGGCUUAUUUCGUUGACAGUUGUUCAAAUCAUGCGGACUACUCUACCGAGGACUUCUUAAGUUCGUCAGAGAAGGGAAAACACGCUUUAGAAGUUGCAAAAGAAGUUGGACUUCUUUGUCCAUUGCAGGUUGAGUCCCAGGUGAAAUCUACGCAACAUAGUACUGAGACAGUUUCUUCUGAGGUACCAGAAGUAGAGAUACGGACAGGGAUUCAUUGUUGUAAGAGAAAGCAACUAAGUAGAACUGAUCCAGAUUCGAAUUAUCAGGAUACAGAGCUCACUCGCCUGACAAGUCCGCAAGUUGAAAGGGUUUAUUUUGUCUUGGAGAUUCUUGAGCAGCUUUGCGUUGGUGUGUUUUUCGCUCAGACCAAAGGAAACGUGAGAAAAUUGUUCGCAUACAACAAACAGAUUGGCAAAAGGGAGAUUCCUCAGAGGUUUUCAAAUGUAUGCCAGUUUGCCUUCCAAGAUAAUCAGUUUGACGGAGAAGCUCUUGUUGAUUAUUGUGCAAAGGUCGUCUACUGGACUAAUAUUCAGGUCGGGCCCCUCCAUGUUGUGUUGCAAUUGCAAAAGCUCAUAGAGUUGUGUCUCCAGCUGAAUUUCGAGAGGCAGUGUGAGGGCGCCUUGAACGAGAAGCUGAAAUUGAUAUUUCCUUGCGGGAGGGUCCGCUUAAUUGGGACAUCGAGUAACAAACUGCGUCUGUUGUCAUACCUACUCGAACAUGCUCAGCCUGUAGACAAGAGCAAGCUGAAUAUUACGUCGGUUGAAUUGCUUCGGAUUGGUAGAUAUGACUGGUCAGAGCUUCUACAAUACAUUGUAUAUUUUAGUUCCGGGAAAAGGGAACCUGAGGAUAAGGAAACGAAGAAAACGAAGAUGGAGAAACCGACGAAGAAGAAAGCUUUGAAAACAAAAACCGAAGACACUCAGGUAUCUUCAACUGGAACCAAACAGGCAAGAGCUCCAGCAACACAGAAAGGCGUCAAGAAACUGACAACCAACACUGGGAAGGUCAGUUCAAGCUUAAACGAGCCGCAGCCAAGCGCAGAAAAACAACAAAAAAACAAAGCUGACCAAACAACAAUCCCAGAUCCACGAACCGAAGGUGACAAUAAACCGAAACUAGAAGUCCUCCAAUAUUCACCUUCAGUUGGGAGCGAAUCAUCAAACAAGGAUGGUGGCAAUGAGAAUGAAUCUAUUGACUUGUCAUUAGAUGAGGAUAUUGCAUCUUAUAAUGUAAUUAAGAGUAACAACGAUCAGGUUAUAUUGAAACAGUUGUGUGAGGUAAUACAUUCCAAAAACCAAGACAUGCCUCGGUUUCCUCCAGGAAUGUCAGAUAUCAGUGUCCUCCAAACAAUGCAGACUUUUUGUCUACAGGAGCUGUUAGAUUCACAGGCAGGGGAGUGCUACUCAUCGGGUGCAGCAAGAGACUUGGCUCGCUGUCUUACUCGUCUGGAAAUGCUGGAGAGUCUGGUUCUGGUUGGGACGAUUCUGAGUUCAGACGCUAUUUGUGAAUUAGCGAAAAGUGCUCACCAACUCCCAAACUUGAAAAAGCUAGAUCUCCGUCUGAAUAAGGAGUUUGAUGACAGAGCCUUUGUGGCGGUAACAAAUUUGCCUCUACGAGAGUGCAAAAAGUUGAGCGAUCUGAGAUUGUCUCUGUACGGAGUAACUGAUGGAGGGUUUGAUCAAGUUCAGAUGGAAAUGAAGGGUGAUGAACACAGGUGGACAAGAUUGAAGACACUGUAUCUGCUGCAUGGAUCGCCUAUUGAGAAGUUUGUAGGAUUCCUCAGCAGUUGUCUAAGGUACUUCUAUUCUGUUGAAUCUUUUCAUAUUUCGGCCCGUGAAAAAGAACAAAGAAUAUCGGACAAUAUUCAGGAGGAGUUCGAAACAAAAAUGAAACAUUUGGAAAUCAUGCCGAGUCUGGAAUCCCUAGACAUUGGCAGCAUGGACACACUAAAGGUACGAUUGGCUUCUUUGAAACUCCCUAAGAAGGGAAUCUUGAACAAGUACGCUAGCCUAGGGAAAAAGUCGGUGAGCAGCAUUGUCGAGUCGGUAGCAUUUCCGUUCAGUGUUGUCUCGGGUGUUCCCGUGGGAUAUGAGGUGUCUGCUGGAAAUUGA